AUGAAGGCCGAGACGUUGACACUGGUGCUGGUGAAUCUGGCUGGUAUUAUGCAGAGAGCUGAUGAGUCAUUACUGCCAGGAGUAUACAAAGAGGUUGGUGCUGAACUCAAUGCUGACCCAACUGCGUUAGGUUCACUUACUCUUUUCCGAUCUCUUGUUCAAUCACUGUGUUACCCUCUCGCUGCUUACCUCGCCACGCGUCACAAUCGUGCACAUGUGAUUGCUCUCGGUGCUUUUCUUUGGGCUGCUGCCACUUUCCUCGUCGCCAUCUCCUCCACCUUCUUACAGGUGGCAAUUUCAAGAGGUUUAAAUGGCAUCGGACUCGCCAUUGUAAUUCCGGCAAUCCAGUCUCUAGUUGCAGACUCCACAAUUGAUAGCAACCGUGGCGUGGCUUUUGGGUGGCUGCAACUAACAGGAAACCUCGGAAGCAUUAUUGGCGGUCUCUUCUCAGUACUACUAGCCUCAACAUCAAUCUUAGGCAUAUCUGGUUGGAGAAUAGCUUUUCAUCUGGUUGCAUUGAUUAGUGUCAUAGUUGGUAUAUUAGUACGCAUCUAUGCUAAUGAUCCACACUUUCCAAACAACGUCGACAAACCUACAUCAUAUCAAACUCCAAAACAGCCCUUUUAUUCUGAAAUGAAAGAUCUAAUAAAAGAAGCUAAGUCUGUUAUAAAGAUUCCAUCAUUUCAGAUAAUUGUGGCUCAGGGAGUAUUCGGAUCAUUCCCGUGGUCAGGUUUGUCAUUUGCCACUCUUUGGUUAGAGCUAAUAGGCUUCUCACAUGGUACAACAGCAAUUCUUUGGACCUUAUUCAUAAUUUCUGCUUCAUUGGGGGCUCUGUUUGGAGGAUGGUUUGGAGAUUUUUUAUCCCUACGGUUACCAAACACCGGAAGAAUAAUGUUGUCGCAAAUAAGUGCUGGUUCAGCCGUUCCUCUAGCUGCAAUUUUGCUGCUGGCACUGCCUGAUGAUCCAUCCACAGCCUUCAUGCAUGGCCUUGUUUUAGUCAUCAUGGGAUUCGCUACGGCAUGGAAUGCUCCAGCAACUAACAAUCCGAUAUUUGCAGAAAUAGUUCCUGAGAAGUCGCGCACAGCUAUAUAUGCUUUGGAUCAAUCUUUUGAGUCUAUAUUGCAGUCAUUUGCUCCUCCUUUUGUUGGAUUAUUGGCUCAACAUGUUUUUGGUUAUAAACCAGUUCCAAAAGGAUCCUCUGAUUCCGUCGAAAUCGAAACAGACAGGAAAAAUGCAGCGUCACUCGCAAAGGCACUCUGUAUUGUUUUUGUAAUUCCUUUGACACUUUGUGUCUGCAUCUACUCAUUCCUUUACUGCUCGUACCCGAGAGACAGAGACCGGGCGAGGAUGGUCGCAUUAGAGGACUCAGAAAUGCAACAACUAGAGGUAGAAGACUGCACAAGAGAAAGAGAAGAAUAUUGUGGAAUCCAUGUUUUAGAAUCAAAUGAACUGAAUGAUAAAGAAAGUAGCAAGAUUGAUGAUAUAGAUUACCCAAGGGAAGAGAACAUAGACUUAGAUGAUAAUGAUGAGAAAGUUUUGUUGUCCAGGUAG